ACGUUGUAUGGCUCACAUUAUUAUUAUUUCUUGUUGCUGAUGAUGGUCAUAAUUAUGUGUGGGUGUUCGCGUGUGUUAACUAUUAAUAUAUAAAUAACUGUAAAUACUCCUAUAGCCUGAACACGUCUUGCUUAGACACCACGCAAGUGUAUUAGUAUUAGAUGCCAUGGGAAAGUCUUACCAGCAGGGUAAAUUCGACCAGACCAGUUCGACGAAACGCAGAGGCGGGCAUUUGAUGGGAUAUUUUUUACAGUUUACAAAUGUAUACAAUAGCAUAUUAGUCGCGAUGUGUGAUCAGUUAGAACAGUGGAUUGUUUAAUCUGAAUGCCAGCCGCGAAUGAUAUAAAAGGAACUUCGUUUCAGAGGUCGCAAAUAGAAGAAGAGCACUUUCUGAGUUCUAUCAUCUUGUGUUCACGUAAAUGAGCGCUGCUGCCAAGAGUGCCAACGUCCUCCUGAUGCGCUUCCUGCGGAGGAAGCUGGUCCUGGUGACCGUGGUGGCCUCUGUGAUUUCAGUGUCCAUCCUCUAUGUGUCAUGGACGCCCUGGGGCCGCACCACCGUGGAUGUUAGGCCCAGUCCUGGGAGCGCAGUGGAAGGUCUGCUGAAGAAGAGGCUCCAAGACUGGGGGCUGAAAUAUGACAGCAUCCCCUUCCAGCUCAAGGAGAGCGUGACCAGCCGCGUGGCCAGCAACAGCUGCGUCUGCCAGGCGGAACCCAAUCCAGUCAACGUGCCACUCAUCAAGCUGCUGUUCUCCAGCGUUUGGGCCAAAUACACCGUCUCGUCCUUCUCCGCUGCUGAACGUAGCACCAUGAAGGACAACAGGGCCCAGGAGUACCAACGCUACCAGAGGAGGUCCCAGAAUGCAGCUGACCUCCUCAUUGUUGCUGAAGCCAAUAGCCCCCUGCAGUUCCCUACCCAGGGAGUGGAGGUCAAUCCCCUGGGAACUAUUCUGAUCCCAGGACUAGGGAUUCAGGAGCCACCAAGAGAUCUGCACUUGGUAAACUUCACUGCUGCAAUGGGAACAUUCGACGUAGCGGCUAAAGUGGAGGGGGUCAAGGUCGAAGGUGAAGGGGGCUCGAACCUGACCCUCUCCAGCGGUUUCCUGGCCAACCUGAACCGACAGCUACAGUUCAUCACCUACACCAACACCCUGUUCCACCCCGACACGGCCGACACAGUGCAGUUCAGCUCAGGUGGCCAUCGGUCCGUCUUCAUCAUCAGGAUCCGACACAGGGUCUCCCCGAGACUGUAUAACACAGGCCCCAAGGGAGACUACAACAUCACUGCCCUGGUCACUUUUGCAACCAAGACAUUCAUACGCUAUGACAAGCUCCGGGACUUGAUUGACAGCAUACGCCUCUACUACCCGACCGUCACCAUAGUGAUCGCAGACGACAGCGAGCUCCCCCAGCCUGUGAAAGGCCCCUACAUCGAGCAUUACAUCAUGCCCUUUGGGAAGGGUUGGUUCGCGGGGCGGAACCUGGCUGUCUCCCAGGUUACCACCAAGUACGUGCUGUGGGUGGAUGACGACUUCAUCUUCACGGCCAACACCAAGGUGGAGAAGCUGGUGGACAUUCUGGAGAGGACCACGCUGGACCUGGUGGGCGGGGCUGUGCGGGAGGUGACGGGUUACACCGCCACCUUUCGGCAGACCAUCAUGCGAGAGUCAGGGGGCGCGGAGGGGGACUGCCUCCACAUUCGGAGGGGUUACCACCACGUCAUCCAGGGCUUCCCCAACUGCGUGGUCUGCGAUGGCGUCAUCAACUUCUUCCUGGCCCGAACCGAUAAGGUCCGGCAGGUCGGCUUCGACCCGCUGCUGGCUCGCACGGCCCACCUGGAGUUUUUUAUUGAUGGGCUUGGCUUGCUUCAUGUUGCCUCCUGUGAUGAUGUCAUUGUCAGCCAUGCCUCCAAGAUCAAGCUCCCUUGGGGCCAAUCAGAAAGCAGCAAGGCUUAUUCCAAGUUCCGCUACCCGGCAAUGUCCUAUGACACCAUUCACCUGAAGGAUGGUCUCUUAUACUUUAAAAACGGCAUCCAGUGCAUGAGCUCCAAUCCCUGAGUCCCCAUUGCCCCUCCCCCUUCCAGUUGCCAAGGAGACACCAUGUGCCGGAAAUGCCAGGAAUUCUUACAUUUGUAGUACCAACAUGCGAUCAUUUUAACCAGUUAUGCACUCUCUAAAUGGAACUGUAUAUACCUGCACUUCUCCAUCACGACUGCUGUCUGUUCUGCUUCCGGUGGUGGAAUGUCCUGUGGAUGUCGGAACGGUCUUUGACCAUUUUCAAGCUAAGACUGAAGACUCUGGAUUAGAGCGUCUGCUAAAUGCCUGCUAACUGUACCAAAAGACCUUUCGUGACCCAUACCAAGAGGCAUAACCGUGGUCCACUAUGGGUUCCAGAUGUACAUUUUUGAACGAGGUUCAUUUUGCUAUGAUAGCUGCUAGUGACAGGAAAGGAAUACUGAAGAAAAACGGACAUUUGUUGAGACUAUAUUUUACUGCAGUCAUUUAUUUACCUCUCAGGAAGGAAAAUUGCCAUCAGAUUUUUACAGGAUAUGUUUUGUAUAUUGAGGUGUAUGUUUCAUGUACAUCUUUUUUUAUUGUUUGAUGUGAAUUAAGUUUAUCAUGAGUUCCUGAGUGCACAUACCGUAUAUUACAUAUACAGUACUGGCAAAUGAAUACAAGCCAAUAAUAUGAAAUAAAUAGGCAAAAAAUGUUGCUAUGAAUAUUAGAAUUUUAUAUACAAGAAUACUGGUUAAGAAAUAGAUUUUCAAGCUGAUUGUAAAAUUUUGAAAGGUGUAUCACUUGUUUAACACAAAUGCAAAUUUUUCUUUUUCUUUUAUGUCGAUAUUGCAUUCAUUACAUAUUGAGCCAAACUUGUUACAAAAUAUUGCACUGAUCAUCAAGUGCAAUAUUUUGUAACAAGUGCCAGUACUGUAUCACAUAUAUUUAUUUGAGAAUUUUUGGAGUGUUACCCGAUUUUUUUCUCAGAGGGUUAGUGGAGUUCCAGUGGAGUUUGGCAGAUACAAGCUUAUGCACUGCUAACCAAUGGAAGGUUCAAUUAUCGCACACUAAAAUGUUCAGUGUUAAUUAAACUCUAAAAGAGUAAUUGAUUCCAAAGGGGCCCUAUCUGCUCUGUAAGAGUUUACUAACACUGAACAUUUUACUGUGUGCUAUUUUGCGCUUUGGCCACUAGAUGGCAGCCAUAGAAUACACAACGAUCAUAAUAUUCUGCCCAUAGAGGACCUAUGUAUGGACUGUGUGUGAUUUAUAUUGUUUUGUUUUGUUAAUUGAAAAAGCUUUAUAUGUAUUUUUACGUUUUAUUUUCUCAUACUGAGAAAACAGGUUUUAUGAUUGUACUCCCAUCGCACAGUCCAUGCAGUGCAAGGUGUGCACGUUGUGUUAAACUUACAUUUACUGGCAUGUGACUGAUUUGGUGUCUGUAAUGUAGAAUUGUAAAUGCAGCCUAAGAAAAUAAGAAUAAUGUUGAGAAUGUACUAUCCUUACUUAACAUUUAUCCAUGGUGUCCCUGAUCUAAAUCAGUCCGUGGUUGGAGGGGAAUAACUGUGGCUCCCAAGAUCUAAGGCAUUGUGCAAUUCUCCAGAAGCCUACAUCCUGCACUGGUUAUUUCAGUGAUGGGCAACGAGGGCCUUAUCUGCCUAAUUGGUGCAUAUGCCUAAUUAGCUGAUUGAGCCAGGGUAACUGGUGGCACCAAAAUUCUGCAUACACACGGCCCUCCCGGACUGGAGUUGCCCAUCCUUGCUUUAUCUAUACCCCUGUGAGCUUCUGCACAAUGCAGUUCAUGAAUUGACCGCAGCACCCAAAUGGUUAUCACAUUGGUCAAACUGCAGCUCACUGUUGUACUUCUAUAAAACUUUUUAUGUUAUUUUAUUUGGGAUUUAUGGAAGCUUUGCCAGUAUGGAGAUCUUUGUAUAUACCCGAAGGCAGGUGAUUUGAUUUGUACAUGCAUAUGCUGGAAUUACUCAAUGUUGAAGGUGAUGUGUUGUGAAAUAAACUAGAUGUUCUCGAAAGCCAUAUAUCCACAGGGGGAAAGAAUAUGUGAGCACACUUACUGCCCUGGUAAAAAGCUCCGAGCUUGUUAUGUUUGGCUUUUUAUUUGUUUUAAAUAUCACUGUGUCAACAAUUAAACAUGACCAAGGCGCAGAACAGGGCAUUCAAUUGUUAAAUUACCUUUGAAGGGUAUAAUAAUGGCCUUAUAAUAUAAUAUUAUAGUAUAAUAAGGCACUAAUAUAAAAUAUGAUUUUUUUCAUGUUUACAAAAAUAUGUGUAUUUUUCAGUCCCAUUUUUUGACAUCCUUUAGUGGUUUAGCAGAUAUUCACGGGUUUAUCACUUUUAUUAUUUUACAUUCAUCUGUAUUACCUGGAGAGUUGUGUUUGCCUAGUGCCUUUGAUUAAAAAUGGAGAAAUAAAAAGUAAGUUAAAAUGUU